AUGGCAUGCGGAGCGGCUUUCUACCGCCUCCCCGGGAGCGCGGCCUCGGACACGGCAGCCAGAGCCGUGGUAACGGUCUCCGAGGCUGAGCCCCCAGUGCUGGUUGCCAGGCGCUAAGAUGCACACUCGCCACUCUGGGGGUAUGUGUCUGAGUGUCUGGGGGAGGCAGAGGGAGAGGGGGAGAAGGAGGGGGGGGAUGUAAGCUGGCAGUCUUGAUUGACAGAACGACUCAGCAACAUUCCAGUAACCUCUGAGAGCUCGUCUAGAGAAGUUGUGUCUGGGAAGAGUGGAGUGUUGAACCAUUAUUUGGGGUAGAGGAGCUGUCACUCAAGCAGUGUAUCAGAGCAGUAGAGACGGGAAAGUCAUUACAGAGCAACACUCGUUGAAAGUGAAACCUAGAUUAUGUUUAAACCUAGAAACCUAGAUUAUGUUUAAACCUAGAAACCUAGAUUAUGUUUAAACCUAGAAACCUAGAUUAUGUUUCAACCUAGAAACCUAGAUUAUGUUUAAAUCUAGAAACCUAAAUUAUGUUUAAAUAUAGAACCCUAGAUUAUGUUUAAACCUAGAAACUUAGAUUAUGUUUACACCUAGAAACCUAGAUUAUGUUUACAUCUAGAACCCUAGAUUAUGUUUAAACCUAGAAACCUAGAUUAUGUUUAUAUCUAGAAACCUAAAUUAUGUUUAAACCUAGAAACCUAGAUUAUGUUUAAACCUAGAAACCUAGAUUAUGUUUAAACCUAGAAACCUAGAUUAUGUUUAAAUCUAGAAACCUAGAUUAUGUUUAAACCUAGAAACAUAGAUUAUGUUUACACCUAGAAACCUAGAUUAUGUUUAAACCUAGAAACCUAGAUUAUGUUUAAAUCUAGAAACCUAGAUUAUGUUUAAACCUAGAAACCUAGAUUAUGUUUACACCUAGAAACCUAGAUUAUGUUUAAAUCUAGAAACCUAAAUUAUGUUUAAAUGUAGAACCCUAGAUUAUGUUUAAACGUAGAAACCUAGAUUAUGUUUCAAUCUAGAAACCUAGCUUAUGUUUACACCUAGAAACCUAGAUUAUGUUUAAAUCUAGAAACCUAAAUUAUGUUUAAAUCUAGAACCCUAUAUUAUGUUUAAACCUAGAAACCUAGAUUAUGUUUACACCUAGAAACCUAGAUUAUGUUUACAUCUAGAACCCUAGAUUAUGUUUAAACCUAGAAACCUAGAUUAUGUUUACACCUAGAAACCUAGAUUAUGUUUAAAUCUAGAAACCUAAAUUAUGUUUAAACCUAGAACCCUAGAUUAUGUUUAAACCUAGAAACUUAGAUUAUGUUUACACCUAGAAACCUAGAUUAUGUUUACAUCUAGAACCCUAGAUUAUGUUUAAACCUAGAAACCUAGAUUAUGUUUAUAUCUAGAAACCUAAAUUAUGUUUAAACCUAGAAACCUAGAUUAUGUUUCAACAAACCCUAGAAACCUAGAUUAUGUUUAAACCUAGAAAACCUAGAUUAAUGUUUAAACCUAAAACCUAAAAUUAUGUAUAACCUAGAAACCUAGAUUAAUGGUUUUAAACCUAGAAACCUAGAUUAUGAUUUAAACCUAGAAACAUAGUAUAUAGGUUUAAAAACAUAGAAACCUAGGAUUAUGUUUAAACUGUUUAUGGUUAAACUCUCUCUCUCUCUCGUCUCUCUUUCUCUUCCCUCGCUCACUCCUUCUCAUCCCAUCUCUCCUCUCUCUCUCUAUCUCCGCUGUCUGCUCAUCUCUCUUCCUCUCUCUCUCUUCUCCGUCUCCUCUCUCUCCUCUCUCUCUCUCCUCUCUCCUCUCUCGCUCUCUCUCUCUCUCUCUCUCUAUCUCUCUCUCCAGUCUGUUUGCAGUGCGGUGUGGUGGCUGUGAAGAGGCCAUCUCCCCUGCAGAGCUGGUGAUGCGUGCUGGGGCUGCAGUGUUCCACCUGGCCUGUUUUAGCUGCAGUCUGUGCUCCUGUCGUCUGCAGACUGGAGACUGUUGUGUCCUCAGGGAAGGACGGUUACUCUGUGCCAGAGACUACAAAAAGGAGGUGGACAGACCCACCUCCACAGAUUCAGGUACAGGGUCUGUCGGUGUGUGUGUGUGUCUAUAAACCUCAGAAUGGUUAUAUAUGGAUUUUUUUACCAUUUGUCCUGUCUUGGCAGGUGAAAGUUAUGAUGAGGAGGAGGAGGAGGAAGAGAAAGAGGGUAGUGUGAAGGCUUCAGGCAGACGUGGCGGCGGAGCAGACGACCCUGAACACAAACGACCCAAACGUCCGCGCACCAUUCUGACCACUCACCAGAGACGGGCCUUCAAAGCGUCCUUCGAAGUCUCCUCCAAGCCCUGCCGGAAGGUGGGGGCUUAG